AUGAGUCGCUUCAAGUACAAGGGUUCCAGGAUCGACUGGGACGUCGACGAGUGCUCGCAGCCACUGGAGAAAUUUCAGUACCCCCGCGCCCCGGCACACUCUCUGUCAACUAAGCGCCCGUCGGACCCCAUGGCAAACCGGUUUCAACUCUUGCACCUGGACGACGAUGAUGAGGAUGAGGAUGUAGCUCUUCUAGAGUUCCAACGACGCCCGAUGGACAUCGUGGUUUGA